AUGACUGAUUACCAGCAGGAGAAACUCAACGAGUCAAUCAUGGUCAUGAACAAGAGCCUCCAGGAGGUCAACAUCCAGAACAUGAACGUGGAGCUUGUGGCUCAGAUGUUCAAAAACUACCAGUCUAACGUUCUCUUCCACUUGGAAGCUACGGAUAAUCUGAAGGAGCCGCAAUAA